AAGAAGUAGAACACCGCGAAAGUUAUUGUCAUUCGAGGUGUGGAAAUAAUUGCGAGGCAAUUUGUAGUAGAUGUAAUACAACAAGUCUUACUACCAAGGUGGCUAAUCCGCAUGAUGAUGAUACAGCUGCACUUAAAUGGGCAACCG